CAUACUUUUCGCAUCAAGUAGACAUGCGUGCGUGGGGGAGCUCUGUCGUGCCAUGGAUGGCCCCGCUGCGCAACGUGGUCACGCUCAACAAACGGUCGAUCGCGUGGAGCCUCGUCAUGCUCUGCAACAUCUUUCUCAUGCCGCUCAAGGCGUACAUCUCCGAGCCUUUCCCAUGGACCUCGGUGCAUGUCGAUGCGAUCCCAAGCGACUGCGCGCACAACUUUACCAACUGCGGGCCACAGCUCCUCGAAUUCUUUCGGAACCAAAGCCAGUUCCUCUCCGAGGACGCGCCGCACAUUGCGACCAAAGUAUACGACCUCGUUCGGGUCUCGUUUCCGCUGCCGACGAACGCGUCCUCGCCCGACGCGUACGUGACAUCCAUGCCAUACGCUCUCUUCUACUGCGCGUCCCAACGCGACCUCGCGCACCGCUUUGCGACUAAUCAAAUCCACGCGACGGACUUUGCGAGCGCCCAAAUCGCCGCAUUUCUCACGAGUCCGAUCGCGUUUUCUGUCAUUUGGGCCUCAAACGACACGACGACACCGGGUGGCGGCAUCAUGCACAUGGGGUACGUCCGCGCCGCGACGUCGACGUGGUGGACUUCGAUCAAAUUUGUGUUUCGACUGCUCCUGUCGAUGUACCUUGUGUGGUGUACGUGGGCCCAGUAUUUUGUGCACGUAAAGACUCUCUAUUCUCAGCUGACGACGAUCGGUCUCGCGACCGCGCCCGGACGCUCCUUGGAGCUCAUUGUCGGCGACCCCACGAGCGUCGUGCUGUUAAACCCGGUCGUGGCACUCUUCUUCAUUGUCGAUUUUUGGAUCAGCGCCGAUUUUGUCUCGUUAGCGUUUACGCGCGUGGCGGUCGUGACGUCGCCGACGACGUACUUUAUCGCGUCUCUGUACCUCUCGCGGACCCUCUGGUUUGCCUACGGGUCGCUCAGUGUCAUGUCCGGUUGCCUCAAGCGACUCGGGAAGGCCCACCUCUUUCACGCUGUAGAUCCAAGCUGGACCGCCGUCGCGGUCAUGUGCGUUGCGGGCCCGUUCACGACGCUCCAGACGCGGCUUCCGUUUCUGAUCGAUCUCUACAACUGGAUAUUUUACGUCCUAGCUUCGUCGUCGACCUCCAUCGAGACGAGCGCCGCUGCGAUCGUCUACACGGCGCUCGUUGGCGGCUUGCCAAUUCUCUUUGGGCUCUUUCCGCGACAUAAACCGCGCCUCCUCGUGGGUCCCCGCGUCAGCGCCACGUCGCCAGCGUCGUACCUCGAGAACGACGUCAAGGCGCGCUGGGCGCUCAGUUUUACGUUCAUGUCGAGGGCAAAAAAAGCGAAUGGCGUCAACAUGCUAGGUGGCAGCGUCUACCAACUCUUCCAAGCGCACCCGGCGCUGCGACGGGAGCUGUGCAUGAGCCAGCGCGGUGGCGACUGCUACAUAGUGUACGAUGAUAUAGCGUCGACGGUCAGUGUUCGCGUCUCGCCACUCGAGUGUUUGGACCAUCACCGGCCGCCGCUCACGGUGGCUGCUGCGGUGCCCGGGCACAUCUUGGGCCGCGUCGACAUGCGCAAAGACGCACCAAUGCUCAUCCUCGGCGACAAUAAUUCCAAGUGGAUCAUGUAAUAAUGGUCGAACUCGACUCGAAUAUUGGGCUUGC